AUGGCUGCUAACAAGAAGAACUUUGAUAUGCAGAUUAAGUUGCUUAUGAUUGGAGACUCUGGUGUCGGUAAGACCUGUCUUCUGAUGCAGUAUGCUUCAAAAACGUUCAUCAAGACUUUCAUUACUACCAUCGGUAUCGAUUUCAAGAUCAAGACCGUUAACGUUCUUGGAAAGACUGUGAAGCUCCAGAUUUGGGAUACAGCUGGUCAGGAGCGUUUCCGCACCAUUACGACCUCCUAUGUGAGAGGAUCAGAGGGUAUCCUUCUGGUCUACGAUGUGACCGACCGAAACUCUUUUGAGAGCAUUUCUUCUUGGAUGGAACAGAUUUCCCAGCACGCUGAUUCUAGUGUCAAUAAGAUUCUGAUCGGUAAUAAAUGCGAUCUUGAGGCCCAGAGAGCCGUGUCCACUGAAGAGGGUAGAAAGCUGGCAGAGAGAUUCGGAAUUCCCUUCGCGGAGACCUCUGCUCAGACCAACCAGAAUGUCGAUGAGGCUUUCAUGACUCUGGCGGAGGCUGUCGUGAAGCGUAAGAACGAUGAAGCCGGAUCCCUCGAAUAUAAGACCGAGAAGGCCGAAACUGUGAAGAUCUCCAAUGCUGGAAAGAAGGAGGGAAAGAAGGGAGGCUGCUGUAAGUAAUGGCUAAGCGUAUUUGAUUUGCGUUCC